AUGGGGCCGGCCAAGCGGGAGGUGAAGCCUCCCAAGCACCUGGCCGAGUUUGAAGGUUACUCAGGUGCUCGUAAGCGCGCCAAGAAGGAGCGGCAGGUGUAUCGGCUCCUGCGCGUCGAGGACGUGCAGCCGGCGCUGUUGGCGCACGAGGUGCACGUGCUGUGGCCGGACGACGGGGUGUGGUAUGCCGCUGUGAUCGAGAAGCUGGACGUGCCCAUGCUGACCGCGCACGUGCGGUACCCCGAAACUGACGAGGAAGAGAACAUCAACCUGGCUGAGCUCAUCACAGAGCGAUGCAUCGCACUCGUCGAGUCGCGGCCGCGGGACGUGGAUCUGGGGCCGGACGAGAUCCCGGUGGCGGACAGCAGCCGGCUGGGGGGGCGCGAGAUGGAGAGCGGGGACGAGGAGUAUCAGGAGGGGCAGGAGAGCGACGACGAGGUGCUGUCGGACGAUGAGCAGGUGGGGGGUCACUAA